AUGGUCGGUUUCGAUAUGCACGGGUUGACGCCUGCCCCAGUCACGCCGUUCACUCCUACCGGUGAGAUCGACUACGACGCUAUCCAACGGCUGGGAAGCUGGCUCAGUAGUAUGAACGGCGUCAAAGGGCUCGUUGUACUAGGCCACGCAGGGGAGGGCACCUUUCUGACUGCCGAGGAGCAAGUCGCGGUGAUCAAGGCAUUUGUCAAGUCAGUUGACGACAAAAUCCCCAUCAUCGCUGGCAUCACCGGCGAAGGAACUGAGGUGGCGGCACUAGAGGCGCAGCGCGCUAAAGCUGCUGGGGCGAAAGCCGGCCUUCUGUAUCCAUCUCACGGCUGGCUGCGGUUUGGAUACCAGGACGGAGCACCCCAGGAUCGCUACCGCCGUGUCUACGAGGUCAGCAAUCUCCCAUUGAUUCUCUUCCAGUAUCCAGACAACACCAAGGCCACAUAUAGCUUGCAGACGAUGCUCGAUAUCGCUGCGCAACCGGGUGUCUUUGCAAUGAAAAACGGUGUUCGAAAUAUGCGGCGCUGGGAUACAGAAAUCCCUGUAAUCCGACGCGAGCGGCCUGACCUGCAGAUUCUGAGCUGCCACGAUGAGUAUCUGCUACAUACUGCCUUUGAUGUUGACGGGUUUUUGGUUGGAUAUGGGAAUAUUGCGCCGGAGCCGCUGAUUGAGUUGAUUGAGGCGGGCAAAGCCAAAGACUACAGAAGGGCCAGGGCUAUCCACGACCGGCUUCUCCCGGUGACCAAGAGCGUCUAUCACCGUGGAUCGCACAUGGAGGGGACUGUUGCUUUGAAACACGCAUUGGUGGCCCGAGGGAUUCUCUCACACGCCACCGUUCGAUCUCCGCUUCGUCCGCUGGAGGCUGGUGCUGAGCAGGAGAUCCAUGCUGCAAUCGGCACUGCUGCAUUAGGAAAGGUUGCAUAG